AUGGCUGAGAGGUGCUAUCACAAGCAGGUCGAUACCUGGUGGACGCAGUCACCCACACUGGAGUUAAUCAUGGAGCAGCUCCUGCGCACGUUCAAGACGUCAAUCACUGCAAGCCUGGCGAUGAAGUUAUUGAUGGCCAAGAAGGACGCACGACGCACCUGGGCCGAGCACUUUUUGUACAUGGUCGCCUAUGAACCGACGCGACUCGACUACCUGCGCCAUGCCGAGGAGCUGGCGCACUUCGCGCAGUCCAUUGAGCACGGCGGCAGCGCGGUGGGUCGUGAGGUCGUCGCCGCGCACGUGGAAGGCAAACCCAAGGGUGCGAUCACGUGCUACCGAUGUCGGCGACCAGGUAACAUCGCUUCCGACUGUCGCGCGCGAGUCGUGCACGACGACUAG